AUGGUCUUCCGUCUCGUGUACAAGCGCGGGUUCCUCCCUAUGAGUGUUCGCUCGUUCCUCCUCAACACCGUUGCAUUUGCUGGUCUCUUGUCCAUUUUGGCAUUUGGUCUGCGAAUACUUGUCCCAUGGCAAGGCUUCAGUCUUGGCGCAGCACCACCUAGCCUCGUCUCAGACAGAUCAUUUGUCGUGCUCUCCGUCGACGACUUUGGCAGGUGGACAGACUCUGUCCCGCUGUUUCCCACACACAAGUUUAUGGCCAAUCAUUCAGACCUUAUUAUUCGAAACGACUACUGGUAUCGCAGCGCUACCGUUGAGACCGAUCAAGAUCUUCGCAACCUUGAGAACGCACUCACCCGCCUCAAUUUCAAUACUUCUUUUGAGCAGAAGGCAGUCCUAACGCCCCACUGGAUCGUUGGUGGUCCUGAUUUCGGUGCAAUGCGCGCUGCUGGAUGUGACGUCAAGCCGUCGAGUCGUUCUUUCGAUGCCACCGUCGCCGAUACCGACGGAAUAGCCAGUCUGAACCGCCCAGGUGAUUUAUUUUCGAAUCCCAGCGAACAUUCUGAUAGAACUACCAGAGCAUUCUCUUCCUCAUCUGCAAGCGCUUUUUCGACAGUUGCUGCGAUGAGAGGAUCUCUGGAUCCACUGUUACAUCCGACCAAGGUAUCAGACCAAUUUGACUCCUGCGUGUACAAGGAGCAGUUCUUGAGUGAUGCGGGCCCUACAGGCCUAGAUCAAGCCCCCUAUCACAGGGGCGAUUUGAGAGAAAGGUAUUUAUCAUUAUGGAAGAAGGGCUUGUGGCAUCCUGAGUAUCAUGGCCGUUCCCAUUUUAGCGUUUCAAAAUGGUUGAAACUUCUGCGAACGGACAGCAAGACUCAAGAAUGCUUCAAGAACAAUCUCGUUUGUGCGACAGAUACCACACAACUCCGCUCAGAAUUCAAUGGCUUCUCUAACAAGGCUGAACUGAAGACCUGGUUGGAAGAAGGAAUCAAUGCUUUUUCGGCUUUUUGGGGUUACAGACCCGCCUUGAUUUCUUCACCUCACAACACAUGGAGCAGUUGGCUGACGGACGUAGCAGUAGAUUUAUCAUUUGUUGGCGCCGAGCUCGCUGAAGAUCAGGAGGACUAUGUGCAGCACGACCCAGCGCUGAGCAUGCACGAUCGAUUUCGAUUUGAUGUCUUCUAUACCGGUUUUAAUUGCGACAAGGCCAUCAACGACAUCAUGGGUCUUCUCAGUGUUCCGGUUGAGAAAUCCCUGGCGAAUCGUUGGUACGAUUUCCUGUCCGCAAUUGACUUGUUCCGCAAGCAUCAUCCCCCAUAUCACAAUGGCAUUCCGGGAAACCAUGAACGGUUUUUGUCACUAAUGUGGCAUGCCCAAAAUGCUAUGAGUAGCACAUACUCUGACGAGAUCUACUCUGAACAUAUGCUGUGUAUGGAAAAGGCCGUGCGUACUGUUCGGGAGUCGCGACCUCGCACGGUAUUCUUAACUGGUUCCGAACUUCAUCAAAUUCGAAAGCGGGGUUGGAGUCAAGAAAUAUGGUCUGACUCUAUUGUCCUCAGAAAUUACGGGACAAAACCCAUUAACUUAGGUGUUCCAGAUUUGCGAGAUUUGUAUCCGCAGAGUCCGUCAUGGCGGGGUGGUCACGUGCUCUCGACUGUUCUAAGUGCCGGCAUGGAAGGGCUGAGUAGGGAAAAUUCCGGCUCUCCUUUAAUGCAACUGCACGGGAAGGCAUUCAUGGUUGGGGAACAACUUUUAUUGCCUUCUGAUACCGUAGUGAAACUAACACGCACGUAAUUCCUCGGGCGCUGGAAUAGGUGAAUACCGCAGGCCCAGCUCGAUCAGAUAUGAGACAAGCUCGUGGACUCAUUGCUGACGAGGAAGUACCGUAGAUUUCGAUAUUCCAUGCCGUUUAAGUUUCGAAAAUGAGCAUGUUGACGCGGGUUUUCGCCGCGAUGUAUAAAAUAAAAUAUCGUCGAGAAGAAUCGACUAAUCUAUGA